AUGGAAGGGUCCAUCAGACUCCUGGCCUGCUUGUCGUGUGUCAUCCCAACGGAAUCAUUUGUAAGAACUAAAAGAGACACUGCUGGGGAUUUGCUCAACACCGAGGUGCACAGUGCGCCGGCGCAGCGCUGGUCCAUGCAGGUGCCGGCCGAGCUCCUCAGCUACCCCGCGCACACUAAGAGCAGACGGCGGCGCCCGUUGCUCCGGUGGGGACGCGGAGGCACGGCGCGGGAGGGCGAAGCGCUGGUCCAAGGCCACGCCUGGACUGGGAGCCGGGCAGCCCGGUGUCCGGCCUCUCCCCCUCGGAGCCUCUCCGCUCAGCCUCGAGGGAGCCCGCUGCUCACGCCGCGCCGCGCCUCGGCCUCGGCCGGUGACCUGCGGCCUCCUCCUGUCCCCGCAGCCGCGCCGCGGAUCGUGAACGUCUCGGUGCUGCCCGGCCCCGCGCACGGCCUCCGCGCGCUCUGCACCGCCGAAGGGGAGCCGCAGCCCGUCCUUGCUUGGUCGGGCCCUGCCCUGGGCAACAGCUCGGUCCCGGCGCCGGGCCAAGGUCAUGGCUACCAGGUGACCGCAGAGCUGUCCGCGCUGACCCACGACGGCCGCUACACGUGCACCGCGGCCAACAGCCUGGGCCGGGCGGAGGCCAGCGUGUACCUGUUCCGCCUCCGGGGCGCCACCGGGGCCUGGGCGACGGCGCUGCUUCUCGGCGCGCUGGGCCUCAAGGCGCUGCUGCUGCUGGGCCUUCUGGUCUCUCGAGCCACACGCCGACACCCAGAACACUCGGUUACCCAGGACACCCCAUCCCGGCCCCAGGCUCAGGAGUCCAGUUAUGAAAACUUGAGUCAGAUGAACCCCCGAAGCCCAACAGCUGCCAUAUAUUCCCCUCGGCCAUCAACAUCCAUUUGUGGACCGUAAGAAGUGAAGGCUGGCACCAGAUGUGGCUGGUAUGCCCCCCCCAGGCCCUUUGGCAGCUCCCAGCUGAGCAAGCCACAAGAGGGACAAGACUGCUCCCAGGAAUUCAUCUGGCCUCCAACUUGAAUAUGCGUCUCAAAUCCCAUAAUACUGAUUCCAGUAUGGUCAACAUUCUGAAAAUAUGUGUGCACCUAUAAGCCUCAGCAUGAAACGUCUAGAAAAACUCCCCUCUACCUUCAUUACUUUGAACCCCAUAGUAAAGCAGACAGGAAAUUAGUCAUAAGGGGUAGAAGUCCAGACUUUGUCCUGGUUUGUCCCCAACUUACCGUGCAGAUGAGGUAAUUUCCUAUACCCCUCUAAGAUUCAGUUCUUCCACUGUUGAACAUUAACAGUAAUCCUCCCCUCUGGCCGCUAUGUCCAUUUGGGUCUGUAAAAUGGUAGAGCUGAGUAUGAGGCUGAGAUCUGGGCCUUUGGCUCUUCAGAGUUUGUGGGUUACUAUGGCACCCGCGUGAGCUUUGUGGAGAACAGUGUUGCAGAGUUAAGACUGGAGCUGGGCCUGGGCAAACUAUGAUCAGAGGAACAUCAAAUAUAGGAGCUGAGUAGCCAGGAGAGGCUUUGGAGCCCCUGCUUUCUGUGAUUUCCCUUGUGGCCAUCCCACAGCCGUAAUACCUACCUGUGUGAUACCUUGUCAGCUGCUCUGCAUUGCCAUGAGCGGCGCUCUCCAGGAAAAGGCAACUGAAAACAUGCUGUCUCAGAACAUCUAGAGACCAUGUCUCAAGGGCUGAAGGCUGGUAGAACUGAGGGGAGAUCUGUGUUUUGGUAAAUAAAGCAGCUUUGACUCUGACUUCUAUUUACAGCCCACACCCACCCAGGAAGUGCAAAGUCCAGAAGCACUGGCAAUUUUGUUAUAUUCCUGAAGCCAGCCAAGCUAACUUGGAAGGGUGCUAUAUUCCUUCUCCACACUAAUGAGUAUAACUUUUGGUUCUCUUAAGAGACAGGGAGAAGUAUGCUUAGGGCCAGGUAGAGGCCCCAGGGUAGAGGACUAAAGGCAUGCUACUUAUUUGGGGAGAUACUCAGAAGGUUGAGGGCAGUGGUUUCCAGGCUCCCCGCUGUAACAGGCCAUCAGUGCAGGUGGGUGCAGCUCAUGGUUGUCUUGGGAUACACCCAGAAGCUUGUCCACCUAGGCAUUAUCUGAGCUGUUCAGAGGGCACAGGAGUUGGCAUGCAUACCUCCUUGUAGAGGGAUACCCAUAGGCCCUUCCAAGCAAUACUUUAUCACCAAGCACAAAGUUAGAGACCCGAGAGUGGUGUGGUCGAACAUCUGCUUAGCCUCCUUAAAACUAGUUUCAUAGCCAGGAAAAAUGGUGAUAGGAAUUAUGAUUGUUCAUAUAUCUGCUUUGUGAUUGACAGAAAUGUUUGAAGUUAUCUGUAUCAGUCAAGGUGGACUAGAUUGCACUGUAAUAACAAAUCCCAA